CUUUGCGGGAAAUGGGCUCCUUCCACGCGUGGCACAUUGCCCAUCCCGCCCGCAGUGCGCAGUGCGCAGUGUACCUGGAUGCAGAGACGCGCAGCGAGGCUGGGCCAGACAUUUGAUGAUGCCGUGAUCGAGGAUAGCCCACGUUGCAAGUACAGGUUUCAAGUGUCUGCACCGUGCCCUGUGCCUCGCUUAGUCAUCCUCGAUCCGUGGACCCUGCUCGCUCGCUGACGCACCCAUCACGUGAGCCUACGUAACCGCGGCAAUGCCGGGAAUGUCCGACGGGGAAAGUACAACACCACCACGAUGAGCAACGAGAGUAUUAUGAACGGUGAUCAAGAGAGACCAUUGCCUGCAGAGGUGAUCUCCUGCCUCAAGAAUGCUCGCUACCUACAUCUCGGCACUUCAUACGAAGAUAUCCCCCACGUCUCCUUGAUGAACUACACCUACGUCCCCGCCGGCGAAGCCAUGCCUUACGAGACGAAUGAUUGUGUGAUCAUGACCUCAACUCGAGACACAAAGAAAUUCUUCAAUCUUCACUUUAACCCACGGGUAUCUCUCCUCGUCCAUGACUGGACAACAACCCGUCAAUCACUGGCCGGCCCCUCCUCCCCGGGAUCUACCUCAGACGCCCACUCCUCCCUUGCCUCUCUCCUCCUAAACUUAAACGCCGCCGCCCUCUCCUCCAUCUCCGCAACCCUCAACGGCCGUGCCGAGAUCCUAACCAACACCGCCGCCGCCGAUUUCUUCAAACAGAAACACUCGGCCGCGAACCCAGGAAGUGGGAGUCAGUGUUAUAUUGAGGGUGAUGUGGCUGUGAUUAAGGUGCGCAUUGAGAGUGCGAGGAUUGUGGCGGAUGGUGGGGGAGAUCGCGUGGAGAAGUGGAGGGUGGAUGGGAUGGAGGGAACGCCGAGGGUGAAUGUCACGGAGGAGGCGGCGAGUGCUGCUGGGAGGGGAUCGAAUGUGGGACACAAUGUGAGGGCGACCGAGGAUGGGCGUGAGGGUUCAGGGGGUACCACACCACCAACAACAACAAUCUCAAUCGCAUUCACCCGAACACGUCGCGCAUACAUCCCCGUCUUUUCCUUCCUACGAACGAACAUUCUCUAUCUAUCUCAACGGCGCGUCGCAUACAGUCGCUUACCAAUUGCAAUGGAAGACGACUACGUUAUCAUCCACGCCCGCGACGCUGAUCCCUUCCUCUCCGCAACCUCAAAGCACAUCCUCAGCGAAACCACAGACGGGAGUGCGUCCGAACCCGAUUCGGAUGAGUUCACGGUUUUGAACUUGGAGAAGAUGUCCUACGCUGCCGUCGCUACCAUGCCCUCUCUCCCGGCGGCUGCUGGUGGCAAGAAGCUUAAGGCAAAGAGCGCGAAGAAGGCGGGUGAUCGUGUUUGGACGCCGCAUGUGAGGAGUGAGGAGGCGGCCGAGGAGGAUGAUGAUGAGGACAUUGAUUGGGAGGCGGAGAAGAUUGCUAGAGGUCAGGAGCGGGUCAAUGGACUUGUGAAGAACAAGGGAAGGAGGGGUUACGCUCCGAAGGAGUAGACACUGGGCCAUUAACACUGUGAUGCUUUUCUUUAUUGCUGUUUGAUUGCUGGGAACGCGUUUGAGCGCCUUUGAUACCAUUGCUUGCUGGACU